CGUUCCAGUACUCAUUGCUCCCAUAAAAAACAAAAUGGGUAGGUCACCAUGCUGCGAAAAAGUUGGCUUGAAGAAAGGGCCAUGGACUCCCGAGGAGGACCAAAAACUCAUGGCUUACAUCGAAGAAUUUGGCCAUGGAAGCUGGCGUGCCUUGCCUGCCAAAGCUGGCCUUCAAAGAUGUGGGAAAAGCUGCAGACUAAGGUGGACUAACUACCUCCGACCCGACAUUAAAAGAGGAAAGUUCAGCUUGCAGGAAGAGCAAACAAUCAUUCAACUCCAUGCCCUUCUUGGAAACAGGUGGUCUGCGAUAGCAGCUCAACUUCCGAAGAGAACUGACAACGAGAUUAAGAACUACUGGAACACGCACCUGAAGAAGAGGCUAACGCGAAUGGGGAUAGACCCCACAACGCACAAGCCCAAGAGCGACGCACUCGGAGGCUCGGCUGGUGGUGGUUGCCACUCCAAGGACGCAGCCAACCUCAGCCACAUGGCUCAGUGGGAGAGUGCUCGCCUCGAGGCCGAAGCAAGGUUGGUUCGAGAGUCCAAGUUGCAAGUCCAGAACAACCUCGGAUCCUGCUCCAACGCCACGCAACCUGCGAGACUCGUCCUCAACAAAAUCACCACACACCAACCCUCUCUCCCACCCUGUCUUGACAUCCUCAAGGCGUGGCAAAGCUCUUGGUCCAAACCACAACCAACCACCAAAGAUCACAACAACACCAAAAUGAUGCAUGCCAUGUACGCCAUGAUGCUAUCCACCGACGACACCCUCGAGUCUCCAACCUCCACCUUGUGCUUCCCAGGAACAACAACAACAGCAACAACCACCACCACCACCGUGCUUCCUGUCCCCCACAACAACAUUGGAGUUUUGUUCAAUGAAAACAACAACAUGCUUAACGAUGCCGCCACCAUGUUGCACUUGCAAGACGAUGAUAUCAUGGCAGCGGUGGAAGCUUUCACUUCCAGUACUACAGGUUACAACGACGAACACGACAACGAUAAUGACAACGACAACAAUAACAACAACAACGUUAUCGUUGUUCCUCCCACGCUCUCCAACAGUGUUGUCCUCGAAGGACUCAACGGUAAUGAUAAUAAUGCUUUGGUUUAUGACUCCAACGAUAACUUGGGUACGGAGGAGGAGAACAUGGCAAUGAUCAACGGGGACGGAAGCCUCUGCAACGUAAACCUCGACGAGAAUAAUAAGCAUUACUGGAAUAACAUAUUUAAUUUGGUUAACGACACGCUUUCUGAUUCCUCUGUCUUUUGACACGGUCGCGUGUGGAGCUAGCUAGUUAGUUAGUGAGAUUAGUAGUAGCUUUUGCUAUAGGACUUUAGGUUAAUUAAAUCAUAGUAAUAAUCAUAAUGUCUCCAAAAUAAGUAUGCAUGUAACCAUGAUCAUUCUUGUCCAAAAUGGAUCUUAUGUGUUAGAAGUAACCGUUGAGUUGAGUGUGUAAAAGUAAAAGUAAAAGUAAAGGUAACCCCUCUUUCUAUUUA